CGUACGUGGGCCGGUCCCUGACGGGCCUGGGACGGCUCAGCGCCGCCACCUACGCGGACCUCCUCUACUUCUCCCCCCGCUCCUCCUCGUCCGCCGGGUCGCCGCUGCCCGCUCCGGAGCGGGCCGCUGUCCCGCUGGCCGCCGCGCUCUCCGACAGCCCGCUCAGCGGCUGGGCGGCCGCCUGGUCCGAGUCGCUGAGUCGCGACCUGGCGCGCAUCGUGCCGUUCCGACUCCCGGACGGCAGGGAGCCGGACUGCUGCUCCGAGAGACACCCGGCCUGCCUGCCGCUGACCGUGGCCCACCGGUGCGUCAGCUUCGUGCGCGCGCUGCCGGCGCCCGAGCUGGACUGUGUGAUGCGACCGGCGGCGCCGCUGUCUGCCGCCUCCUCCUACCUGGACCUGGAGACGCUGUACGGCAGCUCAGAGGAGGCCGGCAGGCGACUGAGGACGCUGAGCGGGGGCCGGCUCAGGGAUGAACUCGAACCGCAGCAGGAUGUUCUCGACCAGGUGGUGGAAUUCGAGGGUUUCACUAGCGUUAACGUUCCAGAGUCCAACGUAGUCCGCCAGCGUCGAAGUACAGUCACAACUGAUGCCAUGAUCGACUUCAAUGAGACCCUAGCUCAGCAAACCAUGAACUCCUCUCUCCUGGAACAAAUGCUCGUUAAUUCGUCCGAUCUAUUCAGUGUUACUGAAGAUACGACAAUGUCGGUAGAUGAUAUCCUCGAAAUCAUCCCUGAAGAAUUGUCAAGUUUGGGUAACUCCUCUAUCGAUAGGCAUAGCGGCAAGCAUCACCAUUCUCAUACCCACCACCAUCACUAUAAAGGUCAAAAGGGUGCACGUGGCAGGAAAGGUAGCCAGGGUGCACGUGGAGAGAAAGGGAGCACGGGAGAGAAAGGAGGACGUGGCGACAGGGGGCCUAAGGGAGAUCUCGGCCCCAUCGGACCUGAUGGACAGAAGGGUGACACUGGCCCGCCUGGCCCCUCCGUCAAAGGCGAACCUGGACCCCCUGGUCAGAAAGGCGAGCAGGGAGUUAAGGGCGAGACGGGUCCCGCUGGACCAAAAGGUGACCGUGGACCCAUGGGCCCAAAAGGACAAUCCUCAAAGGGUGAGCGUGGUGCUCCUGGUUCCAAAGGAGAACGAGGUCCAAAGGGUGGUAAAGGCGAGAGAGGUCCUCUGGGUCCUAAGGGCGACACCGGUCCACAGGGAAAUUCAAUCAAGGGGGAUCGCGGUGAAGCCGGCCCGAAAGGUGAGCAAGGAGCUAAGGGAGAGGUCGGCCCCACCGGCCCUGAUGGACAGAAGGGCGACAUUGGACUGCCUGGCCCCUCAGUAAAGGGCGACCAAGGACCUACUGGUCAAAAAGGCGAUCGAGGAGAAAAGGGUGGGCAGGGUCCGGCGGGACCAAAGGGUGAACGUGGACCCAUUGGUCAGAAAGGCGAGCAGGGAGUUAAGGGCGAGACGGGUCCCGCUGGACCAAAAGGUGACCGUGGACCCAUGGGCCCAAAAGGACAAUCCUCAAAGGGUGAGCGUGGUGCUCCUGGUUCCAAAGGAGAACGAGGUCCAAAGGGUGGUAAAGGCGAGAGAGGUCCUCUGGGUCCUAAGGGCGACACCGGUCCACAGGGAAAUUCAAUCAAGGGGGAUCGCGGUGAAGCUGGCCCGAAAGGUGAGCAAGGAGCUAAGGGAGAGGUCGGCCCCACCGGCCCUGAUGGACAGAAGGGCGACACUGGACUGCCUGGCCCCUCAGUAAAGGGCGACCAAGGACCUACUGGUCAAAAAGGCGAUCGAGGAGAAAAGGGUGGGCAGGGUCCGGCGGGACCAAAGGGUGAACGUGGACCCAUUGGUCAGAAAGGCGAGCAGGGAGUUAAGGGCGAGACGGGUCCCGAUGGACCAAAAGGUGACCGUGGACCCAUGGGCCCAAAAGGACAAUCCUCAAAGGGUGAGCGUGGUGCUCCUGGUUCCAAAGGAGAACGAGGUCCAAAGGGUGGUAAAGGCGAGAGAGGUCCUCUGGGUCCUAAGGGCGACACCGGUCCACAGGGAAAUUCAAUCAAGGGGGAUCGCGGUGAAGCCGGCCCGAAAGGUGAGCAAGGAGCUAAGGGAGAGGUCGGCCCCACCGGCCCUGAUGGACAGAAGGGCGACACUGGACUGCCUGGCCCCUCAGUAAAGGGCGACCAAGGACCUACUGGUCAAAAAGGCGAUCGAGGAGAAAAGGGUGGGCAGGGUCCGGCGGGACCAAAGGGUGAACGUGGACCCAUUGGUCCAAAGGGACCGCCCGGAAAGGGUGACCGUGGUGAUCCCGGUUCCAAGGGAGAUCAAGGUCCCAUGGGACCUAAAGGAGAACGGGGCCCUCGGGGUCCAGACGGACCGGGUGGCGGUCCCGGACAAAAGGGCGACUCCGGUGAUCCUGGGCCUAAAGGUGACCCUGGAGCUGAUGGUGCCCCUGGGGUGGACGGUGGUCCUGGGAGACCUGGAGGGCCUGGACGGCCUGGAGGACCAGGUGAUCCUGGGCCUCCAGGAGCGCCGGGCGAGAAGGGCGAGAUGGGUCCACCUGGUGCGCGGGGACCUAUCGGCCCUCGUGGAGUAAAGGGCGACACAGGGGCGCGUGGGUGGAGCGGUCGGAGAGGUCUACCUGGACCAAGAGGAGGUCAAGGUCCUCCAGGUCUACCGGGACUUCCCGGUCCUGUCCGAAUGUUGGUGCCAAAGCUUUCUCUGAAGGAUCUCCUCAGGCUCAUGGUUACGAAGAAGAUUCAUCACAAGGGAAUCCGCGGCGGGCGAGUGUUGUUUGAUCGCGAAGAACCACGUAAGACGUGCCAGAACGACGUCCAAUGUUUGCUUUUGCGGGAGCACAACCGCGUUGUGGAAGUGCUGCGUCGUAACCACCCUCUCUGGGAGGACGAGCGGCUGUUCCAGACGGCACGCCGCGUGGUGAUCGCUCAGUGGCAGCACAUCACCUACAGAGAGUACCUGCCGCACGUAUUGGGAGCCGACGCCGCAAGGGCCAUCAUACUCGCUCCGGAGGAUAGUGAUGCCGAUCCCACCGUGAGCGUCGAGUUCGCAGCUGCCGCUUUUAGGUUUUGGCAGCGCCCAAAGAAAGAAAGUCCGGAUAAAAGGAAGGAGUUGGCACAAUCUACAUGUUCUUUCCUUGACAUUCUGAGGAGAACUACCACCACCAGCGUUAGUACCCCUGCUGUAAGACAUUCACCGACACUCGAGCUGGCCGCCGUGGAGGUGCUGCGCGGCAGGGACCUGGGUCUGCCGUCCUAUACCACCGUCCGUCAGCUCUGCUCCGGACAAUCGGUGGCCGGCUGGACAGAUCUGGAGACUGUCUUCGAGCGACGUCAGCUGGAGGAACUUCGUGCCAUCUACUCCAGCCCCGACGACAUUGACCUCUGGGUGGGCGGCAUGCUGGAGCGUCGUGCGCCCUCGGCCAGGGUGGGUCCCACCUUCCAGUGCGUGAUCGCCGACCAGUUCCGGCGGCUGCGGGACGGCGACCGGCUCUUCUACGAGCGCAGCCUGAGUGGAGAACAGCUGCGGGAAGUGCGCAAGGCCAGUCUGGCGCGCCUGCUCUGUGACAACGAGAAGGGCCGAGGGGCCGCGACACCCUUCGUACUCGAGCCCCUCUCCAAACGGAACCGAAUGAUGUCGUGCGAGGAUGAAGGCAUUCCACGUGUAAAUUUAGGCGUAUUUUAAGUGUAAGGUUUCAUG